AUUGGCAAAAAAUAAAAAUAAUAAUUGGUUGGCAGUGGCACCGAUAAUAUGGUCUGAGUAUCUGUGGCGAUAAAUCAAUUGAAUUGAAAUUUAAUUUUUUGUGAGCAACAUUACAAACACCUAUCACCACAUUUCACUUUCAUUUCCAUCUUCGUUUCAAGAUUCAUUCAUUCAAUGGCUUCACUCAUGCUCAGUGGAACCGGAAAGAUUACACUUUUCAAUCACAAAACCCCAAUUGGAAUUGGAAAUGGAAAUGGUUUCACAGCUUCAGAUUUUCACGGUAUGAGCUUAAGUUUCCCCAAAACGAGCAUCAAUUGUAAAAUUAGGGUUUCCAACAAAUUGAGGACUAUUGUAUCACCUAAAUGUAGUAGUAGUAGCUCUAGUAUAUCAUCUUCAAGGCCAAGUUCACAACCUAGGUUUAUACAGCACAAGAAAGAGGCAUUUUGGUUUUAUAGGUUUCUUUCAAUUGUCUAUGACCAUGUUAUAAACCCUGGUCAUUGGACUGAAGAUAUGAGAGAUGAUGCUCUUGAACCUGCUGAACUUACUAACAGGAAUAUGCGUGUUGUUGAUGUUGGUGGUGGUACUGGUUUCACUACAUUGGGUAUUGUUAAGCAUGUUGAUGCUAAGAAUGUUACUAUUCUGGAUCAGUCACCUCAUCAGCUUGCUAAAGCUAAGCAAAAGGAACCUCUUAAAGAUUGUAAAAUUCUUGAAGGGGAUGCUGAAGAUCUCCCCUUUCCAACUGAUUAUGCCGAUAGAUAUGUAUCUGCAGGAAGUAUUGAAUACUGGCCAGAUCCACAGCGUGGGAUCAAGGAAGCAUACAGGGUUUUGAAAAUUGGGGGCAAAGCUUGUUUAAUUGGUCCUGUCCACCCGACAUUUUGGUUGUCGCGUUUCUUUGCAGAUGUUUGGAUGCUUUUCCCUAGAGAAGAAGAGUAUAUUGAGUGGUUUCAGAAGGCAGGGUUUAAGGAUGUCCAACUAAAAAGGAUUGGCCCAAAGUGGUAUCGUGGAGUUCGCCGUCAUGGCUUGAUUAUGGGUUGUUCAGUGACUGGUGUUAAGCCUGCAUCCGGGGAUUCUCCUUUGCAGCUUGGUCCAAAGGAAGAAGAUGUUGAAAAACCAGUAAACCCUUUUGUCUUCUUACUGCGCUUUGCGUUGGGUAUCCUAGCAGCUUCAUGGUUUGUAUUGGUUCCUAUUUACAUGUGGCUCAAAGAUCAAAUUGUUCCCAAAGGUCAGCCAAUCUGAGAGAGAUUUUUAGUUAGUGUCUUUGUUCAAAAUUUUAUCAAGUGUAAGAUUAUUACAUAUGCAGUUGAGAAAUAUUUUAUCAAACCUCGUAAUGGUUAGUUUCUUUACGUGCUCGAGCUCAGUUUUUCUGCAUGCUUUUUACUUUCCAUGCUAAAUUGAUGGUGGAAGUGUCUAAUAAAACCGUAUUUUGCAA